GGGGUCAUUGAGUUCUCCCUUUGUCUUCUCUUUGCAAAGCUGGUGAGCUAUACGUUCCUCUUCUGGCUUCCCCUCUAUAUCACAAAUGUAGAACAUCUUGAUGCCAAAAGAGCAGGGGACCUUUCUACGUUGUUUGAUGUCGGUGGAAUCUUUGGUGGAAUUUUGGCAGGCCUGAUUUCAGACAAGCUAGAGAAGAGGGCAUCAACCUGUGGAAUGAUGUUAUUGCUUGCAGCACCUACAUUGUACAUGUUCUCUGCAAUCAGUAAAAUGGGCCUUGAGGCUACUGUGGUAAUGCUGCUUAUCAGUGGUGCCCUGGUGAAUGGCCCUUAUGCACUGAUCACCACUGCUGUCUCUGCUGACUUGGGUACCCAUAAAAGCCUGAAAGGGAAUGCGAGAGCCUUGUCCACAGUGACAGCGAUCAUCGACGGAACAGGAUCUGUAGGUGCAGCUUUGGGGCCUCUCUUAGCUGGUCUUAUUUCUCCAUCUGGUUGGAACAACGUGUUUUACAUGCUCAUGAUGGCAGAUGCAUGUGCCUUGCUAUUCUUACUCCGUCUUAUUCAGAAGGAACUUCGGUGUAACACAGAUCAUACCCU